ACCACACCCUCCACCCUCCAUAGCUGAGCUGAGCUCUAGCUAGACCCUCCGCACCACUACUACACCUGCACUGCACUUGCCUCUGCGAGCAGCAGGUACUGACUGCCCUGCCCCCCCAGUUCCUGGCUGGCCGGCUGGCUGUGGCCAGUGUGGGCUGUGCCUGGCAUCCUCUUCCUCCUCGGCGGUGCCGAUGCCGGUGUUGGGCUGCCUGUUCCGUUGUUCCUCCCCUCCACGGCUCCGCUCCCCUCCUCCCUACACCUGCUAAGCUAGCAGCAGCUUAUCGCCCGCACACCCACUCCCUUCUUCGCCGUCGGCCAGCAGCUAGCUCAUCAGCUCCCUCUGGCUGCCCUGUUUCUCUCUCCUCCCUAUCAGGAUAAGCUCCCCCUGCUGAUCUGCGCCAUUUGCCCUGCUCCCGUGCUUGAUUUGUUCGCUUCUGUGCGCGGUGGUGCCCGGGCAAUAACUCCCCGUGCUGCCUGGCUGGCUCGUUGCCACCCUCCCCGCGGCAGAGCCGGCCUAUAGGAUGAGAGGGACGGGGGAACCCAACAAACUGGCCGCGACACUACUGUCCUGACCGUGAAAGACACGCACACCCACACCUCCACCUCCACCUCCAGCACGGGCACGGGGCACUGCACUCGCCGACGGGGAACGGUGGUGGAGCAGAGCUUGCGCUCGCGCGGCGUUCCAUUCAUGGAUUGGGAUCUCAAGAUGCCGGUGUCCUGGGACCUGCCCGACCUGGAGCACGACGCCGCCAUGCCACAGCCGCCGCCCAUCGCCGCCACAGCAGCCGCGGCUUCCCCCGCGGCGGCGUCGGGCAUUGCCGCCGCAGCAACUGCCGCGCCUCCCCACGCGGCGGCCACGCGCGGGGCGCCGAGCCGGGCGGAGUGCUCCGUCGACCUCAAGCUCGGCGGGCUCGGCGAGUUCGGGGCGGUGGCCGACGGGACGAAGGAGCCUGCGGCGGCUGCAACUGCAACGGCUGCGCCAUCCGCGCCGUCCGCGAGCCCGAUGAAGCGCCCGCGCUCUGGUCCCGGUGGCGCCGCCGGGGCGCAGUGCCCGUCGUGCGCGGUGGAUGGCUGCAAGGCCGACCUCAGCAAGUGCCGCGACUACCACCGCCGCCACAAGGUCUGCGAGGCGCACUCCAAGACGCCCGUCGUCGUCGUCGCCGGCCGCGAGAUGCGCUUCUGCCAGCAGUGCAGCAGGUUUCACUUGCUUGCGGAGUUUGAUGAGGCCAAGCGUAGUUGUAGAAAGAGGCUUGAUGGGCACAAUCGGCGUCGCAGGAAGCCACAGCCAGAUGCCAUGAACUCUGGGAGCUUUAUGACAAGUCAACAAGGCUUGUUUUCGAGUGCAGGGACAAGGUUCUCGUCGUUCCCGGCUCCAAGACCGGAGCCAAGCUGGUCUGGGGUCAUCAAAUCCGAGGACAGCUCAUACUACACACCCCACCCGCACCCGGUGCUCAGCAACAGGCCGCACUUCGCCGGCGGCUCCACGUCAUCGGCCUACUCCAAGGAAGGCCGGCGCUUCCCGUUCCUCCAGGACGGCGACCAGGUCAGCUUCAGCGCAGGCGCCGGGACGCUGGAGGUCUCCACAGUGUGCCAGCCCCUCCUCAAGACCGCCGCCGCCGCGGCCCCGCCGCCCGAGAGCAGCAGCAGCAACAAGAUGUUCUCCGACGGGCUCACCCCCGUGCUCGACUCAGAUUGUGCUCUCUCUCUUCUGUCAUCCCCCGCCAACUCCUCCAGCGUCGACGUGAGCCGGAUGGUCGUCCAGCCCGCGGCGGAGCACAUCCCCAUGGCGCAGCCCCUCGUCCCCAGCAGCAGCCUCCAGCACCACCACCAGCACCACCAGUUCGGCAGCUCCCCGGGCGGCUGGUUCGCCUGCUCCCAGGCCGGCUCCAGCGCCGUCUCCGGCGCGGGCACCGGCACCGGCGGCUUCGCCUGCCCCGCCAGCGUGGAGAGCGAGCAGCUCAACACCGUCCUGGUGCCCAGCAACGACGCCGGCCACGAGAUGAACUACCACGGCAUCUUCCACGUCGGCGGCGAGGGAUCCUCCGACGGGACGUCCCCUUCGCUCCCGUUCUCGUGGCAGUAGCUUCUUCCGUCCGGUUCAAGCGACCAGUAGUGAUCGGUGUUCAGCUGUAGUGAUCCUGUUCUUUCUGUGUUUAUUUAUUAUUAUUAUUCUCCCUGUCAUUUGCUCGUUUCUUCGUUUUGCAUGCCUGAUGCAUGCAGCCUGAAAAAACUCGCAUAAAAUUAGUGCCGAAUUUCUCCUGAAACCGUUCUGAUAUCUUACUGAUUCUGGAAGCGUGUCCAUCAACCGAAUCAAGACAAGUUUGGUGUACAUUUUCGGGAAGUAAACGAUAAAUGAAACAUAUUAUUGUAGUCUUAAAAAAA